UUUAGUUUUUAGAUCACCAAAACCAGAAUUUGUAUCAUGCCAGAACUUCUUUCAGAUACGGUUCAAACCCUGGCGACCCAAAGCAGCAUAUUUCCUCAGUAUUCCAACCUGGGGAGCAACCCAGUUCUGUUUCCAUGGCAAGAGACGGACUCCAAACAGCUCGGAACCCUGGCGCUCAUCUCCAGCCAGCGCCGCCUCGCGUGGGAGCUCUCAGAUGUUCAGAAGGAACGUCCAUUUGGAACCACUCAGGAAAAGAAAAUUUUCCCCUUUCAUCAUGCACCAGACCGAUUAGGUAAUGAGUUUGCACCAAUUAUAGGUGAUCCUGAUCGUGGACCAGGAACAUAUAAUCAUGCAGAGAGGAACAAUCUUAUAUAUAACUUGGCUCAAAGACCACAGAGUACCAAGGGUUACAGCAUGGGAGCAAGAACAACACCACGUUUUGUAAUAAUAAACAAGCAUGUGACCCCUGCUCCUACAUCAUAUCAGUCAAUAUGGAUCAAAGAACACAAGCAUAAGACUGUUCAUUUCCCAUUUCUCAGCAAUGUACCACGGUUUUUAGAGCAGGUUCAAGAUAGAGAGCUCUUUCCCGGACCUGGAACUUACAACCCAUACAAGUUGCCACACAGACAUGUCAGUUGGCCAGGGAAGUUUGGUUCCCCAGACUGGUCUUUGGUUCCAAUGCCACAGAGAAGAACUUUCAGAGCCGAGCUGCUUUCGGAUAAAGAAUUCAAGAAAUAUCGGAAUCUGGUGGCCUACCUGAGCAUAUAUUACAGUGAUUAAUUGGCUGAAGAUAUUUCCUCUCCUACAUGCUUAGACCACUAAUUUACUUUUUUAUCCUUAGACAGAAUUGGAACAUUUUAAUUAAUAUGUUACUUGGAUUCAAUACACAUACUAUUUCAUAAAGAAUUUCUUCGUUAGCCUUUUAAAUGCUUCUAUUUUCCUAAUGCUCUCCACUAUUUCACUAUAAAACAUUUAUUAUUUGGAAGUUGCUUCAAAUGUAGGAGUUUGGAUUUUGCCAACAGCCACACCUGUUAAAAAGUUUCUGGUUUUGAACAGUUUAGUUAGAGAAAAGCUUAAGAGAAAUGCAGAUUUUCAAAGUAUAAUCUCUAUUGAUAUAUCAGUUUGAGAGUUAAGGUAGUAAUGCUCACAAAAGUCAUGCCAAAUUCGAGAAAUUAUUAUGGGAUCAAGCAUGUAUUGAUUAAAACCUAAAAUUGCAAAUAUUUUGUCCUGCUACUCCAUUGCACUGGCCAGUGGUUUUUUUUGAAACACAAAGGUAUUAGAAGUAUGUGCCAUAUGAUCUGCUGCAGAUGAUACCAUUUCUUGCACUGCAUAUCCUGCAUGUGACUGAGAAUGGAAAUUUCAUGGAAUAUAUAUGCAAGUAUUUCAGCACAGUGUUCUUUUCUCUCUGCUGCAGAGAAAGCAAACUUAAUUCAUACUGAACAAGAAACAGAGAUUUCCCAUUUGAGGAAAGACUUCCAUACUAAAUUCUUGUAGGAUGCUUUUCACUCAACCUGAAUUGAGCUGUAGCUUUUAUAGUUAGGAACUAGAUUUGUACCAUGCAAACUUUUACCUUCUGUACUCUGCAGUAUGGGAGAAAACACAUGAGUAAUAAAAUAAAACGUAUUACAAUUUCUAGUCAGUUUUAUGAGAUAAUAUACUAAACUGUCAUAGCAGACAAUUGCUCUGCUGAUGUAGCAGGAUACCUAAGUACUUUUCUGCACACCAUUGUAUAAAAAGUUUUUUUUAAGUUCCUUUUAUACUUGAUUUCUCAAAAAAUUAGAUUUCAUUUAGAAGUUUUAAUAUAAAGUCUUAUGGAAUCCAUUGUAUGUCUUGUAAACCAGCAGCUUUAGAUUAGAAGGUAUACAAAACCACUUGUACAAAAUAGAAAUAAUUUAUAGAUUGCCAAAUUUCAGUUUCGAUCCUACAGUAGCCUUCCCAUUCUAGUGUGUUUUAGAUAUUGAUUAUGUAAUUCUCAUAACCCUUGCCCAUUCAUCAAGGAUUCAAAUUUUGUAAAUUUUGUAAAAUAUACCACACUAGGAAAACAUCUUUACAGCAUAAAUCCUGCCUCUCUCUAUCCAGUCAUCCACUUAUUGAAGUAAUUGGUAACUUACUGUUAAUAACCAAACAUCUGCAAACAUAUUACAGUAAAAGAAACUUAGCAACUGAUUCUGAGUCAUUGAUUUAUUAAUUUUUUUUUUCAAAGAAAUACAUUACCUGAACAGGAAAAAAUAGAAGACUUGUUAGUCUUCCAUUGAAUGUUUUUUUAUUUCUUUCA